UUAAACAUUUUUAAUCACUGUCAGAAAAAAAAAAUAAUGGAGCUCAAAAUACUGCAAUUGCUACUUUUUCUGUGCAUGAAUCUAUUGGUUUCUGGAGUUGGGGCUGCUGCUCAAGUUAGGUGCAUAGAGAGGGAGAGACAAGCUCUUCUCAAGUUUAAGGAAAGUCUUACAGGUGAUCUUAGUGGGUUAACGUGGGGAAGUGAAGAAGAUAAAGAGGAAUGCUGCAAUUGGUAUGGCGUGGAAUGUAGCGUCACUGGUCACGUAAUCAGGCUCGAUCUAUCUGAUAAGCAUUUAAGAGGUACGAUAAGUCCUGCACUGCAAGAGUUGCAGCACUUGAAGCAUUUGUCCCUUACAAACAAUAAUAUGACGAUCGAUAAUCUUAAUUGGCUUUCUGAUGUUCCUUUGUUAUCUUACCUUGACUUGAGCGGUAUUAAUCUUAGAAAUGUAACCAACUGGAUACAGCCAAUAACGAAGCUCUCUUUACUCGAGAAAUUGUACUUGUCAGGUUGUCAACUUCAUGACAAUCUGCCUGCCUUUGAUUUCUUUGCAAAUUCUUCUUCGUCCUGCCUUUCUGAUCUUUAUUUAUCCCACAACAAUCUCACUUCCUUUUCCACAUUGGAGUCAUUGUUUAACUUUGGUAGAAUUCUUUCCCACUUAGACCUCUCUUAUAAUCAGCUAGACGGUCCUGUUCCUGGUACUUUAUUGAAAUUGCAUUUUCUUGAGGAGCUUAAUUUGAAAGGUAAUCUACUCCAUGGAGGGGUUGACAAACCUUUGGGGAAUUUAAGUCAUUUGCGAUCACUAGAUAUAUCAUUCAAUAAACUAAAUGUACCUCUUCCUCAUUUAUUUGAAAACAUAUCAGAGAUAAUAUCACUGCGGCGCAUAGAUUUAUCCCAAAAUCACCUUGUUGGGUCCUUGCCAGAUAUCACCAGAUUUUCGUCCUUAAAAAAGUUGUACCUUAGUAACAAUCACUUGGAUGGGCUUCAUCCACAGAGCCUUCAUCAACCUUCAAGUCUUGAGAGUUUAGAUCUCUCAGGAAACCAAUUGAAAAGGCUACCCGAAGCUAUUGAGCAUCUUUUAAAUCUCAAAUAUUUAAAUCUCUCUUCAACUUCGCUGGAAGGUACAAUCACCGAACACCACCUUUCAAACCUUACCCAAUUAACAAAAUUGGAUUUGUCUUCUAAUAAUGUUUCUUUCAGCUUCAGCUUCGAUUGGAUUCCGCCCUUCCAGUUGCAAAUACGUCUCAGUCAUUGUAAUAUGGGGCCUUAUUUUCCAAAUUGGAUUCGAACACAGAAUUCUCUUCAGGAACUCUAUCUCUCUUUUGUUGGUAUAUCCGACACAUUACCUAAUUGGUUGUGGAGUAUGACUUCUAUACAGUUAUUAGAUCUCUCACAUAAUAAUAUUAUGGGCAGGAUGCCUGAUUUGGCCUUAAAGCUUAAUCAUUAUGAGCAACUAGAUUUAAGUCAUAAUAAUCUUUCGGGCCCAAUUCCAAUAUCAAUUUUUCAAUAUUCAACAACACUCGGGAUCGAGACCCUUGUUCUCUCAGAUAACCAAUUAGACGGAGAGCUUCCUGAUUGCUGGAUGAACUUACAUGAUCUAAGUGUUCUGAAUUUGGCUAAUAAUAAGUUCACGGGUAAACUUCCCCCUACUUUAAGCACCCCGAAGUGGCUUACGAUAUUGCAUUUGGGCAACAAUAAUUUCACAGGUGAAUUGCCUCCCUCUUGGAAGAAUUGCACACAGUUGAGAAAGUUAGAUGUUGGAGGAAACAAGUUAACAGGUACAAUUCCAGCAUGGAUAGGAACACACUUAACAAAUUUGGCUGUUCUUAGCCUUCGAUUUAAUAGUUUACAUGGAUCCAUUCCUCCAACAAUUUGCUACCUUACCGAUAUUCAUGUCUUGGACCUUUCUAGAAACAACAUUUCGGGAAAAAUUCCACAAUGCAUAAACAAUUUUACUUCUUUGGUUCGGAAUGAUGGUUCAACUAUUCUCGAAUUUAAUCCCUCUCUGGUUUAUGCUGGGAAACCAUUCGAUGACAAUGACAAUGCUUUGGUUCAAUGGAAAGGACAAGACUCAGAAUAUAAAAGACUAAAAAAUUUGAAAGGCAUUGAUCUUUCUAGCAAUAAGUUAGUUGGAACUAUUCCGCAAGCAUUUUCUAAUUUGAAAGGUUUAGUUUUCAUCAACUUAUCAAGAAACCAUUUAACGGGGAAUAUCAUUUCAAGCAUUGGUCAAUUGGACACAUUGGAAUGGAUUGACUUAUCUAGAAACCAACUUUCUGGGGAGAUUCCGAAUAGCCUAGCAAAUCUACAUUUUCUUAGUGUUUUAGAUUUAUCAUACAAUAACCUGACAGGGAAGAUUCCACUAAGCACUCAACUACAGAGCUUCAACUCAUCUGCGUAUGUUGGGAACAGUUUACUCUGUGGGGAUCCAUUGGCAGAGUGUCCUCAUGACCCUUCUAUGACUGGUCGUGGUGAGCUAAAUAUUGUUGAAGAAGAUGAUAGAUUUAUGAAUCGAGAUUUCUAUAUUUGCAUGGCAUUUGGCUUCAUUACUGGGUUUUGGGUAAUUGUUGGUACUCUAGUCCUCAAGCAUUCAUGGCGACGUUCCUAUUUCAACUUCUGGAAUAAUAUUGGAGAUUGGAUACACGUGACAACAGCAAUCUAUGUGACAAGAUUCAAGAGAAAAUUUAUGCCCUAA